UCACGGAUGAACAAUAAGGCCAACAAAUAAGAGAGAAGAAUUGUACAGACAGGUGUCAGUAGCUGAAGUUAGUCGUCAUGGACAUACCUGUGGAGCUGCAGGCAUUUGUCCUAACCAAACUAGACGGGGCUUCCUUAGCCAGGGCAAAGCGUGUGUGUUCCUUGUGGAAGGAAGCCGUCAGCAAACUGGAAGUGUAUGGUAACAUCUGGAUGGGAUGCUGUCUGAAGGAAAUGGCCCCAGAGAUUCUGUGUCAGCUCUCUGGCAUACAUGAUCUGUGGGAGGUAACCAAAGUUUUGGAUCAGCGACUGUCAGAGAUGGCCCGUACACUUCCCUGGACAUUCUGGCGAGAUCUCUAUGCCAAGUUCUACCGCACCACGUAUAUCAAGAGUUGCUGUUCCUGGCAGUUCAAACCCCUUGUUCUUGCCCCUCCAAAUAACCAAGUCGCAACAUGUCUAAAACUUUGGGGUAACAUGCUACUGCUGGGAUACAAAAAUGGCUAUGUGUCUGUUUGUGAAGAUGUGGAGAAAGCUGUACCAGAGUUCUCUCCCCUUCAUCAUCAUGGCCGUCAAGUCACAGGGCUGGCCCUAGUCACCGCUAGUCACAAAGAUGGGGGUCCUGUACUGGUAUCUGUGUCGGGGGGUCAUGACAUACAAGUGACCGGCUUGGACAGAGAUACACAGUGCCAGCUCAACUAUCACAGUAAAGCUGUCUAUUGUGCCAGCUCAUGGAAGGAUAGCUUUGUCACAGGGGCUGGAGACUCUAUUUUACAUGGUCAGCCUGUCUGGAGAAUAGAGGCACCAAUGUCUGUACAGAGACACAUAGUCGUACAUGAACACCUGUCUGAGAGACCACCUGUACAGCCCAUGUGGGCUAAUCAGGUAGCCUCUGGUGAUGACAAGGGCAAUGUCCUGUUGUGGAACCUUCACUACCCUGAUGAACCUACUCACCUCGGCUGUUUUAACAGUAAAAUUCGCUGGAUUGAGUUGAGAGGCAAGCUCUUACUUUGGCUCACAGCCUCUGGUAUACUGUACAUUAGCACUAACUGUAAGUCCUACAGGAAGCUUGAUGUGUUUGGGAGUAUUCAUAGAAAGCCUGAAACAAUGGCAUUAAGAGGACCUGUGUUUGCAGUAGGGACAAUAGCAGGAUUCGUUCAUUUAUAUCAUGUGUCAAGUUUGAGAGAUUGGGAGGAGCUGGAACUGGGACAAGCGGACUCUGUCAUCAAAUUUGAUGCGGAACAUGUCAAUGCUUUAGACCAUCGGGGAGAAUGACAGUGGGCCCUGUGAUCGUUGUGGCCACUGAUGUCCAGGUUACUCUCGUUCACUGGAAAACUUUCACAGAUAGUGAGAAUGUUGGUGAAAUCAGAUUGGAACAUCAGCCUUAUGGCAAAGAGCUUCAUCCUUAGAAACUGCUUAGAUUGUUGUAUUGUUCUGGAGGGGAUCUUCUAAAGAACAUAAACCCUAAAGAAACUUUGUGGACUUUUUUCAGUGACGGUAACGUUUUUGAAAGACCUUAAUCCUGAACAAACAACUACGUAGAAUUAACUUUUGUGUUGUUCAGCAUGAGGCUAUGGUUUCUGAAUAAUCCUGAACAAACAACUAUGAAAACAACUACGUGGAACUAUGAUGUUGAGCAGGAGACGAUUUACAUGAUUUAUAAAGACUUAAUCCUGAAGAAUAUGUGAAUAACACUGGGUUUUCUACAGGUGGACUAUAAGGGUUCUAAAGAAUGCGAGACUUAAACUGUGCAGACUGUUGCAUAUUUCUCCAUGGGGCCAUAGAAACUUUCUAGAACUUAAAAAAACUGUUCAGAAGUUUGUGUCAUUCUACAGAAAAGUGUGAUAUAUGUUGAUUUGUGUGCUAAUUUUCUUACAAAAGCUCAAUCUUUUUUUACACUACCAUGUUUUGUGUAUUGAUAUUGUUGUUACAAAGUCAUAUAUUGUUGUUUUGUACGCCCAUAUUGUUGUUACAAUCUCACACAUUUUGUACACUUUUUUUGUAAGCUGGCGUUCGUUGUAAGUUCAUAGACGCGGAUAAAAUCUACUAUCUUAGACAUUAUUUUCGUUUAUGAGAGCUGUUGCAACUGUCGAUGAAUGUGACAUAGCUUAAAUAUGCGAUAUGGUUGUUUAUACCUUUUGUUAUUAGCGGUAGGCAUGCUACUUUUUUAAUUCUAUCAUAUAUAUUAAGUUGAGUUUCGUUUAAAAUGUCGGUCGCACACCACUUAUCUGUAUGUGGCCUACAUCCCUGUGAAGGUAAAGUUAUAAUUAACGCCAUGUUCGGAUAUCAUGCAGGUUCAGAUUUUUGUACAUACUGCUCGUUCUUAUAUAGCACAAAAAAUAUAACUUUUAAAGAUCACACACUGAAUUUGGGCGGAAAUUCACAACAUAAAAUUGACCACUAUAUAAGUGUAAAAAAGGGAAAUAGUGUUACAGACAAUAUUCUUAAAAUUUUGGGGAUAAUGGCUUUGACAGGCAGUUCACUCAUAGCUGUGUUGUAGACUUGGCCAGUCAUUAGCCUUGAAAGUGUCACACGAUGAUUGGCUCUGGUCUCAAAACACGUGUUACGUGUGAAUAGACAGACAUCGGUGCAAUAAAUCGGUGCAUUUUGAGGCUAUUUUAGGUGUUAAUCUGAUGCAUUUUGGUGCAAACGUUUAUGUGAACGAAGCUGACUGGAGAACGGCUACCCGUAAUGGCAAUGCCUAGCGAAACCAGAUUUAUUACAAAAAUAUCUUCCCAGAACCUACAGGAAAGAGUCUGUCCGAAAAUGAGAAUAUGCUGCUAUGUUAGGUAAACUCUCUUAUGUCAGUACAGCUCGCUAGGCCCUAAUGCUGACAAGCAUGCAGGCCGGAGACGAAGACGAACAGGACGGACAAAAGACGACGCUUGUGUCCACGAAGAUGGUCCUCACCGUGAGAAAAAGAAAUGUCGGUAGUUUGAAAACGGAACGGAGUUGAAACCUUUGACCGAGGAUCUGGCAUAAGUAUUUUGUCAUUGUCACAUUGUUUAAUACCUGUGGUACAGGAGAGCUCCUAAGUUUUGUAACGUCACGAAAGAUAACUAUAACAUGGCUAAAUGGCGUCACCAAAUGAGUGGCAAGGUAGUGAUGUUCAUUUUCUAUUUAUUUUGUUAUUAAAGCGGUGUAGAAUUUUUAAAAAAUAUUUUAAGGACAUAUUUUUAAAUUAAUUAAUUCAAAAUUAAUUGAAAUAAUACAGAUUUAGUGCCUGACUUUAUGUUCACUUCAAUUACAGUCCUUGCCAGUUAAAUGCCAUUGGCUGCCUUGCCGGGGGUUAAAGCACAACAUUUUUACCAAGUAGCAAUAAAAACCUCAUGUCAGCCAAGUCACAGCUGAACCAGGAAAAGCUGGAUUCGAACUUGUGACCUCGUUUCUCCGGGGCUGGUCGACCAAGGCGAGAUAAACGGAAGGCUUGAAAAUCACAUAUGAGGAUAAUAUUAAUACAUGGCAUUUCGAUCGUCGACUUGCCUAAAUUUCUAUGCUUUGUGGCCGAGGGGAGAUAAUUCUGAUGCACAAGAGCGCAAAAUAACUCCGCUGGCCCGGUCAUUUGGAGUACAUUUCAGUCGUACCGCGAAGUCUCGCCAGCUUAGACUGUUGCUUGAGUGGAAGCCGUGUUAUGUCCCAGUCACGUAACAGAAUAUGAAUAGCUGCUGAACAAAGGAAAAUAUGCACUAAGAAAAAAUGAAUUCAGCUCAAUGACAUUAACACAAGACAAAUUAAAUAAGAUAAUUCUAUGG